CUACUCAGCAUUACACAACACCACGACGGAAGACGCCCAUCAUUUCGUCUCACACACAAUUACAUCUGCUUCCCGCCACGAGCUAUCUGAUAGCACGCCCACACCAUCGCAGUGUGACCUGACCUCCUCAGCUGACCCAAGUGCAUCCGCUUCAGAAGAUUCGCCCAACAUGGCUGUCGUAAACAUCCGACGAGACGUCGACGACAAGUACUACCGCUACCGCAUGCCCCUCCUUCAGACCAAGAUCGAGGGAAGAGGUAACGGCAUCAAGACGGUCGUGCCCAACAUGUCCGACAUCGCCCGCGCCCUGAGUCGACCUCCUACCUACCCGACCAAGUUCUUCGGCUUUGAGCUCGGUGCCCAAACGACCUUGGACGAAAAGAAUGAUCGCUACAUCAUCAACGGAGCUCACCAAGCUGAUCAGCUCCGCACCCUUCUUGACGACUUCAUUGACAAGUUUGUUCUCUGUGGCGAUUGCAAGAACCCAGAGACAGACCUCAAGGUGCCUAAAGAUGGCAGCAAGAUCAUGAGGGAUUGCAAGGCCUGUGGCAAGCGAAGCCCCGUCAACAUGGCUCACAAGCUGACCACCUACAUUUCCAAGAACCCACCACCCAAGAAGGUCAAGGGUGCCAAAGGCGCCGGCAAGUCCGCUGGGCAGAGUGUUCAGGAAGGAGAUGGAGGAGGCAGCGACGACGAAUUGACAGCCAAGAUCAAUGCUGAGGCUGCGAACAUUCCCACUGCGGAGCAGCACGCCAAGAGCUCUGCUGGUGAUAACGAAGGCUGGUCAGUCGACACCUCUGAAGCCGCCGUCAAGGCUCGGGUCAAGGCACUGGAGGGAGGUCUUCAAUCUGGUCUCACUCUCGGCGACGACGACGACGAGGAUGAGGAUGCCGACUCUCCUUACAAUCAAUAUGGUCUUUGGCUCCUCGAGAACCACGAAGCUUCGGCUGCCGAAGUGUACAAGAAGGCUCAGGAGCUGGGCAUCGAGAAGAAGCACAAGGCUGUUCAGGUCCUUGUCCAGGGUCUUUUCACCGCCAAUGCCGAGAAGGAAGUCGAAAAGUAUGCUCCAGUCCUGGCCAAGAUGAUCACUAGCGAGAAGCACCAGAAGUCUCUUCUCGGAGGUGUUGAGCGUCUGGCUGGUGUCCAGGAGCCUACGCUGAUCCCCACUGGCGUGCCCAAGCUUCUCAUGGCGCUUUACCAGAUCGACGUCUUGGACGAGGAUGUGGUCAAGGACUGGGGUGGCAAAGUGAGCAAGAAGUACGUGGACAAGGAGACGAGCAAAAAGGUGCGCAAGAGCGCCAAGCCCUUCUUGGACUGGCUGGAGGAGGAGGACGACGAUGAUUCUGAAGAGGAAGACUCGGAGGAAGAGGACGCCGGCAAGAAGACCAAUGGCAAGAAGGCGGCAUCUGAAGAGGAAGAGAACGAGGAGGACUACGAUGACCUCUGAAAAGGCUUCGUACGCCGCCUUCCCCUCGCUUCCUCUGCGAAUCUCUGCAAGCAUAGCCGAAAGAGACCUUUUUCUUUGGCAAGUCGUCGUUGUACUUUUCCCCUCUCAUUAGUCCCACAUGGCCGUGACAUUCUUAUUUCGCGCACCUUCAUUCUUGUGAUAUAUGACUCAUUCUCACCGCUCCAAUCAAUGGAAACAGAAUUCUCCCUUGAACGGAACCGAGUCUGCGCCACAC